UUGAGGAUAUACCUAUAGCAGGGACUGUGAGCUCGGCCAACCCCGUCUUUGCAGGAAAAUGCAUCCCUGGAUCUCGUAUGUGUUGCUGAGUGCAGCAUCAGUCUGCACGGCUGACGUGAUUGGAACUUAUGGAGAGAUGUGUCAAAGACUGUGUGCCUGCGAGGAGAGAGAGGGGAUACUUGCAGUGAGCUGCGAAAACAGAGGAAUUGUGAGUCUGGCAGAUCUAACCCCGGUGCACUUCCCCCAGUAUCAUCUGCUGCUCACAGGGAACCUGCUGAAGAAGCUGUCUGCCAAUGAUCUUGUCGAGUACAAGGGACUUACAAUACUGCAUCUGGGAAAUAACGACAUAUCUGAGGUUGAAGCGGGAGCGUUCAACGGACUUCCGGGAUUAAAGCGCUUGCAUCUGAACAACAACAAAAUUGAUGCCUUGAAGGAAGAGUUGUUCUUUGGCCUUGAAAGUUUGGAGUAUCUACAACUCGAUUAUAAUUAUAUCACCCAUGUGGCGCCCAAUGCCUUCAGCCGGCUGCGGCAUCUGGAGGUCCUGAUUCUGAAUGACAACUUGAUAUCCACUCUGCCGGUGAAUAUUUUCCAGCACGUGCCGUUGACUCAUUUGGACUUGAGGGGGAAUCAGCUCAAAGUGCUCCCCUACUCGGGUCUGCUGGAGCACAUGAACGGCGUUGUGGAGCUACAGCUGGAGGAGAACCCCUGGAACUGCUCCUGCGAGCUGAUCGCCCUCAAAACCUGGCUGGAGAGCAUCUCGUACAUGGCUCUGGUCGGCGACGUCGUCUGCGAGUUCCCAUUUCGGCUCCACGGUAGGGAUGUUGAUGAGGUCUCAAAACAGGAGUUGUGCCCGAGGAGAGCCAUCGCUGAAUAUGAGAUGCCACCGCUGCCGCAUUUGAGCAGCGAUGCAUACUUCAAGACCACGCCAAGUCUCGUUACAGCUUCCUUCACUUCAUCUGGGAUCGCCCGGUCCUCAUCAAGACCCACCAAGGCACCUCGACAAUCUGGCAAAUUAAAAGCGAGGCCCACGGCUCGCGUCCCGUCUAAUAAGCCACAAAAUUAUGGACAAAUCAUUUCAUAUCAGACCAAAUCCCCCGUGCCUUUAGACUGCCCGACUGCCUGCACCUGCAAUCUUCAGAUUUCAGACCUCGGCCUGAACGUGAACUGCCAGGAGAAAAAGAUUGAGCAUAUAUCGGACUUAAAUCCCAAACCCUACAACCCCAAAAAGAUGUAUCUCACUGGGAAUUACAUCCCUGUCGUGCGUCGAUCAGAUUUUAUUGAGUCGACUGGGUUAGAUUUGCUUCAUCUUGGCAACAAUCGAAUAGCUCGCAUCCACGACAGAGCGUUUGGCGACCUGACACAUCUGAGAAGACUUUACCUCAAUGGGAAUUUGAUAGACCGUCUCAAAGCGGACAUGUUUUACGGCUUGGAAACCUUACAGUUCCUAUAUUUAGAAUACAACGUCAUCAAAGAGGUUUCCCCCGACACCUUUCAGCACGUGCCCAAACUUCAGCUUCUGUUUCUCAGCAACAACCUCCUGAAAACGUUACCAGUGGGGACGUUCAAGGGCCUGACGCUAGCCAGGCUAAAUCUUCGCAGCAACCACCUGCGCUACCUGCCGGUCAGUGGCGUGCUUGAUCAGCUCACGGCGCUGGUGCAAGUCGACUUGUUUGAGAAUCCCUGGGAUUGCUCCUGCACCGUCCUGGAGCUGAAGAUGUGGCUGGAGCAGCUCAGCACAGGCACGGUUUUGAACAAUGUCAUCUGUGGCUCGCCUAAGAAACUAGCCGGGGAGGAUAUGAGAUACAUUAAGACGUCUAAUUUCUGCCCUAAUAACUCUGAUACGCUUGCCUCCGCGAUCCCACCCUCGGAGGAGUCUUUCCCCGGAAGCACUAUCACCAUAGAAACAUCCCUGGACUCUGACACACAGUACAGCGCCAUCCCUUUGUCCGUGAUGAUUCUUGCCCUCCUCCUCAUGUUCAUCGUGUCUGUGUUUGUGGCCGCGGGAUUGUUCGUGACGAUGAAAAAGAGACAUCAGAAGAAUGAGAAUGAGCACAACAACUCCAUGAACGCCUGCAUCAGCUCUCUCAACAUGGAGUACGGCCUUUACAAGAAGGCGUCCCUCCCCAAAGUCAGGACGUCCGCUGGACACGUGUACGAGUACAUCCCGCCUCCCACAGACACCUCACGCAGAACCUCCGCUCCCACGCCGACGGACAACAAAUCGGUGGAUGGAUUUAGGGACUUUGAUGAGUUGAGCGGCGCGUUUCUGGGCAACUCGGACGAGGAGGCAGUCAGUAAUGUCAUAAGCCCAGAAUACAGUGCCACGACUCCAGAGCCUCUUAGCAAGCCGUCCAGCCCUCACCAAGACGGCCCGUGUUACUACAGAGACACACACGAGCCCGACAAGCACACGCGCUACAGCAAUACGCUACCGUGCAGGCACACAGCGCAUGCAUCGAGUCAGUACACCUCAGACUUUGAUGCGAGGCCCCAGUACAUGCAGCCAGAGAGAAUACAACAGACGAUACUGUAUUGCACGGCACCAAGUACUGGUUAUGUGGAGCCCAACAGGAGCGAGUACUGGGAACUCAAAGCCAAGCUCCACAUUGAUCCUGAUUACCUUGAGGUUCUCGAAAAGAGAACCACAUUCACACAGUUCUGAGGAGACUCCACCCCCGAUGGUCAUCGUGGAUGCAUCGAAGCAAUGGACCUAUUUCAAUCAGGAAACCAUGUUUAAAAAAGAAUGACAUAACUAUUUUCUCACCGUUAUUGUGACCGAAACAUUGACAGUAUGCAUUUCUGGGAAUCGUGCUUUACCGAAUUGAUUGAUAAAGGGGAACACUACUCAAUUCCAAAGCUUUAUCACACUCUGUUUUAACAGUUUGGUUCUAAUUCAUAAACAAAAACAAAGAAGAGCUUGCUCACUUAUGCACCUUGCAAUGUGCGUUUACAUAUUUUCUUCUAUGAUUCUUAUAAAAAAAAAAAAAAGAUUCACAAAUACCAAUGACUCAACCCAUCAUGAAAUACAUCCUGAGCCGCUUCAUUGACUUGGUGUGAGACCGAGCUUUUAACAGUAAAAUUAGCUGUAUUUCUAAAGUGUCAAUGAAGCAUGUUCUCUUCCCAAAAUAAACCAGGUUUGUGUUGCAAACAUGUGCACGACUCUGAGCUCAGUUUUUUGUUUUUUUUCCUCCUCCAAUUUAUUCACGAUGAAACUCUCACAUGAGACUAAAACAAAUUAAUUCUCCAAGUAAAUCUAUCUGUGACCGGAGUGUAGGCGGGAACAAGAGUCCUGUGUGCCCACGCGUCCUGUGACGACGCACUGAGCUCCAGUCAUGUACAGAGGUGUUUAUUCUCACAGGACGCACAGCUCUGGGAUCAGAACAUUCUAACCAUGAGAUCAUGCAACAUAUUCUACUGCAUUAUCUCAAAUCACAGCUUAUGAGGCCAGUAAGUCUCUUGCGCUCUCGUGUUUGCAGAUUUGGACAAGAAUAAUUAGCGUGUGUGCUAAAAAUAAACCGCAGCAACCUGCUGCUUAUACCACAGGGUAAUCUGUGCAAAAAAACAGUGGUGUUCCCCUGUGAGCCUCCCUCCACAUCUCCAGCACUUUUGGAUCAAAGACACGUGUUGUAUUGGUUUGAACGUCAGUAUUUUAUCUGUUCACGGAAAUGUUGUUACUAAAAGAUUAUCCAAACAGAAGGAAAAAUAAGCUUUAAAUGUCACAUAUGUGUGCAAAUGCAUUUUUCUGGCAUUUUUACAAGAGCACUCAGCCUGAAAACACACUUGCUGUCUAUAAUUCAUGACGUAUGAUGAGUGUCUUCAUUCAUGCACCGACCAAAGUACUACAGGAAUCAGCUGAUCAGCGUAUGCAAACUUUGACACCUAAAAGACGACAUGAAAAUACAAUCCCAUGUUAUAUUAAACCCAUUACUACACGCUCUCUUCAUCAAGUCUGGGUACAA